AUGUCCACACCUCUUUCAAUAAGCCUUGGUUAAGUGUUUUCUCCCCAGCAUGGUUUUCCUCACAUAACAUGUGUAACUAAAAACUGGUAAAUAAAUAAGAUGAGCUCUCAGAAAGGUAAUGUGUCUCGGUCGCGGAGCCAGAAGCAUCAAAACAACUUUGCCUUCAGAAACGACAAAUACGGAGCGACUGUACAAGUGAAGUUGGCAAACUCAAAGAUCCACGAUGGGCUCUGUCAACACUGCAAGGGUGUUCUUGAGUGGAAAGUGAAGUACAAUAAAUACAAGACACUGACACAGCCCAAAAAAUGUGUCAAGUGUUCUCAGAGGACAGUGAAGGAUGCGUAUCACAUCAUUUGUAAGCCCUGCUCUCUUGAGCUGGACAUCUGCUGCAAGUGUGGGAAGAAAGAGGACAUUGUUAUUCCAAUAAACUCACAAGGGGACAAGAAAGAGGAAGAAGAAGAAGAAGAAGAAGAAGAAGAAGAAGAAGAAGAAAAAGAAGACGUUGAACAGAAAAAGAAAGGACGUGGACGAGGGAAGAAGGACUUGGAUGACUUGGACAGUGAUGAUGAUGAUGAUGAUGACUUAAGUGACCUCGGAGAUGAUGAUGAUGAUGUGAGAGAGGAUUUUGAUAGGGACUUAGAGACAAAGAAAACACAGAACAAGUCUGAUGUGCUCCCAGAUGUAUCCAGAGUCAACGUUAAAGACUGAAGACAGUGAGACGGUUCUUAUUUUACCAAGUGGACCUUUUUUUUCAUAUUUACAAAACAAGUUUUCAAAUCAAAGUACAGUAUGAUGUUUGAGAUGUGAUCAUACUCAAAUUAACUAAUUCAAAAUAACAAAUGUUGCUGGUUUGAUGCAGAGCCUGGAUGAUGAGUUACUGGUCAACACUGGGGCAGUUGAACAGACAAAAGUUAUCGGAUGAUUCAGAUGGUUUAUCAAUAUUUAGUGCUGUAGAUUAAGAAGAAUGUGCUGUACGAUGUACUGUACAUUCGCAAACCCAUUCUCAAACAAUGCCAGCUGGAUGUAUACAUGUGAGUGUACUGUAAUAAAAAUCUGUACAUUGUGUACAUUCAUAUCAAAUUCAUGUAUCCAAGCUGCCAAUUUUUCUCACAAUAACUGAAGUAAUCAAUAACUUGAAGUAUCACUAAAAGCAGAAAUAUAGGCUAUGCCAAUACUGACCCUGUCAUGCAUACUCAUAUUUUAUAUUUACACUCAGUCACUAGUUUAUUAGGUCCACCUAAUGCAAUCUAAUACAGCAAUCCUACCUUUAUGAAGGUUAUAAUGUUCAGGUUAUUGUAACUGUUUUAAAUCGCUGUUAAUUGAACUUUAUGAUAAUUAUGGAGGCAGUAGUUUGUGAUGCUGUUGAAUUGUAUUGUGUUAUAAUGAAUGCUUCUGAUAUUUUGUCCACUGCUAUUAUAUGACUGAUGGUUGACUAAAUAUAAGAAACACAUCUCAGUAUAACAAAAAAAAAACUAUAGUUAGACAUUUUAAGUGUGUUGAAAUAUGUGCCAGAAGAUCACUGUUUGGGCUUGUCCCCUUCCCUAGAAUAAAAAUGUUUAACUAUAAAAAUAAAAAUAUCAAAUUGAUCAAUA